GUUCGCGGCACCGGCGGCGGCAAGCUGUCCUGCGACAAGGCGCCCUACUUCAUCUGCGAGCCGGACAGCCAGACGAAGAUCGUGAUCACGCGCUACGAUCCGCAUCACAUGGGCUCGCAGCGCGUCUCGAUUGCCAUGCUCCCCGUGGCCGAUUGGUGCUUGAAUGUGCCCGACUGGCGCAAGUUCCCGGCCCGCCUCUUCGGCCCUUCGGAAGUUCCGGUGGUGUACAAGAUACGAUUCCGCGGCGCUCCCCCGUACACCCGCGAGCUUGUCGAGCUGCACAAGCCGUUCGCCGUGCCGUUCGACGUGAGCGUCUACCUCAAGAAGAUUGGCGUCACCAACGAUACGGAGCAACUAACCGCCAACGAGGCCGGAAUCCUCUCGACGAUGAUGAGCCUGACUUUUGAGGACGAUCUGACGCACAAUUCGUUGGAUCAAACGGGCCGCAUGGAUCCGUGUUAUCCAUAUCCGGUGAACUGUCGAUUCCAAGGAAUCCCCGGCGAGCCACCGGCCCCUGCCCUCAAGACUCGAUCUCUCGAACGGGUUCCUCUGUCGAAGGGAACCACCAAGACACGUUCCACCCAGAAAUCCUCGUGCCCUCCCCAGGAGACGUGCAGCAAGACCGCCAUCGCCCCGUCCACCCGCACAAAGAAGUCGAAGAAGUCGUCGAUAUGCCAG